GCUGUGUUUUCUUGACCACGAGGGGCCACCCUAGAGUUAGUUGACAUUGAUAAUGGUGGGAGUGAAGCGCGUAGAUGUUACCGAGACGAAUUUAGUACAACUUUUUGUCGUUUGUCAGAGAAAGGGGACAAUCCUCCCGAUUUCCCCCGUAACUAUUGCACCCAGAAGAAAAGGGGCUAAGUAGCAAACGUUUACUAUCCAAAGAGACGCCGCUAUGUAGUCAGUUAAUUUGGAUUGUGGAAGGAGCGGUUUACUUAGCUCGCAAUGUAAAGCUGCGGCGAAAAAGACUUUUUUUUUACUGUUUUUAUGCGACGGAUUAACUAGGAAAGGGGAGUCAAAGCAAGAGUUUCGUGGGUAUCCCUACAGGCGGGAACACCGCUUCACCGACGACCGGUGAAUUAGUCUUUCUUCGGCGCUUGCCUGCCCCUCGUCCCCCGCCGAGGCUGCAGCUAAACCAUCCAGCCCGGAGAAAAGGACAGCAGAGCCGGGUACCGACUGUGGCUUUGCUCGAGUGACAAUGCUUGAGAUUAUGGCUGAGCAUCAAGAUACACUUCUAAAAUGCAAAACAGAGCCUCUGCCCUCGGAGGGGAGGAAGAGGACAGUGGAAGACUUCAACAAGUUCUGCAGCUUUGUACUGGCCUACGCUGGUUACAUCCCCACUCCUAAAGAGGAAACCACCUGGUCUCCAGCCUCUUCCAGUUCCUCGGGGGCCUCAGGGGAAGGGGACGGAGCAUCGGACUUGCAUACCAUCCACACCUUUGUGCGCAAGGCCCGGGUGAACAAAGGCAAGAAUCUUCGUGGGUUGCAUGAGGGUGGCCCCCUGCUAGACAAGAUGCGCCUGAAAGACUCGCUGUAUGGGGGCCACGGCGGGGGAAAGACAGAGCGCAGGAAGGAGAAAAGGCUAAAAAAGCUGACUCUGGGGGCAAGUGAAAUGGACAGGGGGGGCAGCACUGGGGAGAAGCGAGCCCGGAUCAAGCAUAGUCAGAACCUAAAGUCUCCUAAGUGUCCAAAGAAGCCGAAGAACUCCGCCCAGAGCGAGACAGACUCCGAGACGGCCCCCGUCCAGCAGGAGGAGCGCCCGGCAGUGGAGGUGGUGACAGAGAGGGGUGUCAGCCCUGAGGCGCGGGUGCUGGCCGAGGAGUCGACCAGGGAGGCAGAGCUGAGCUCCAGCGAGGGCGAGACCUGGAUCGCAGAUGAGGACAUCAUGGUGGAGUCAGGUGACGACUCAUGGGACUUGAUCACCUGUUACUGCGGAAAGCCAUUCGCCGGACGUCCUAUGAUCGAGUGCAACCACUGUGGUGUGUGGGUGCACCUUUCCUGCGCCAAGAUUAGAAAGUCCAACGUGCCCGAUAUCUUCUACUGUCACAAGUGCAGGGACUGUCGCCAGGACAGACGUUCUGGGCACAAGAAAGACACUUAACAUGUGGGAGGAGUCGUCCUGCCGUGUCCUCCCACCCCUUUCCCUUGGGGGUAGAACAUUCCCCUUUGUGUUCUAAAGUGGCCCUUUUUUCAGAGGAACUUUUUCAUCUCCAGUGCUAAGUAUUCCCAGAUCUUUGUUGGAAGCUCCGUGGUUGGUUCUAUUGUCAAACUGAAGCUCUAAACUAGUUUAAAUUGGGGGGAGGGGAGACCCACAGUCUCAUUCGCAAUGUGUCAUUGUGGCUUUCACUGGACAAGGCAUGGUCUGAAAUGCCAAAAACCGGAAAUCCUGACUUGAAAAUCACAAUCAGAAGACUGCAUUGUUUAAGCUUUGCGGUACACGAGUUGCUGGUGUUCUACAUAGCUGUACUAUAGUUACAUCCAACGAGACUUCUGGAAUAGGCACUGCAUUUGAACAUGUGCAUUUAUAAAAAUAUAUCGAAUUAUUUUGAGCUGCAGGUUUUCAAGAUAUGCCUUGUUGGGGGGAAAAACAAAUUUUCAUCCGUUAAGUACGAUCUUGUUAGAAUGAUGACCAAGACGAAGCCAGAAUCUCAGACGUCUGUAACCAAAGAUUAUAAAUUUCAUCCACAGGAUUUACUGUGUUUUAUCCAUAAGCGCGUUAUAAAUGCAGCAUAAACUGGUUAUAAAUGCAGUUUCUCCAGGAAUGGUUUGAUUAAGCCGUUUGUAAGCUUCCUCGUAUUUUUCUGCACUUGGGUUUUUUUCCCUUUUGAUUGGUAAAUAUUCAGUCCACCCACCCAGAAAUGUCACCAAAACUAACUUUUUAUUUGUGAUUGUUAGUGCUUGUGCUUUCUUUCCUCCCUUUUCCCCCCAUUCAGAACUUUUAUUAGGUUUUUAAGUUCUGUGACUGGUGACUCUGCCCUUCUGCCGUGAAGGUCCUCAGAGCUGACCCCCUCAUGUACGGCUGGGAAGCCGAUCUGUCCAUUGACGCUUGCCUCAGCAGGUGCGGUUAGCGUGUGCGUGUUUCACAAAUUAUUCUGUCAAGUCUCCUGGGCUGCUAUGCUGAGUAUCAAUGUUGCAUCAUAACCUCAAGUUUAUUUCCUUUUUUUUGGUUUGUUUUUUGGAGCUGGGGUUGCAUACUUCCAACCCAGUUUUAGGGGUCCCCAACCACAAAGGCAAUUUAGCAAGACAUCAUAAUUAGCGAUCUAUUAAUGACCUGCAUGUGUUUUGUGUUUGGGGGUGGAGUACUCUGAAUGCUAGGAUUGGGUAUCACAGA